AUGUGUAAACGCUGGUGCUUUACUUGUGAGAUGCUGGGGAGAGCGCGGACAGGGUUUGUGUUACUGACAGCCACCACUCUUGUGUUUUGUUAUUUUCUGUUGCGACACACACAGGUACUUCACGUUCAACACAAACGAUGGCACAGCCGGGAAAGGAUGAGAUGCGUACAUUCAGGAACCUCUAACAAUACAAAACUGGGAACAACCAUGGAAACAAGUCGCGGAACAGGGCACUGCAGGACUGACUGUGAUAUUUUCGUUGGAGAGCGGCCUCCGUGCAUUACGAGAAACAUUUCAAGCACAGGGCCGUGGUGCCAUGAGAUGAGACGGAAACGAGGAAAUACAAAGGUCAAGGUGAACUUGGACAGUCGCAGCAUGGAGAUGCUGGAGAAACUACACGGGGCUGACCUUGAACCAGGGGGUCUGUUCCGUCCCACAGAGUGCACAUCAUCGCAGAGGGUCGCUGUCAUUGUCCCCUUCAGGGAGAGGAGUCUGCACUUGAAAAUAUUCCUGAACAAUAUUCACCCCUUUUUAAAGAAGCAGAGGGUGGAAUAUAUGAUACUUGUUGUUGAACAGGCCCCGGGGUCUAGACUGAAUAGAGGAAUGCUCCGAAAUAUUGGCGUUGUUGAAGGAGAGAAACUUUGCAAGUUUGAUUGCUAUUUCUUCCAUGAUAUUGAUAUGAUCCCCCUGAGUGAACGGAACCUCUACACCUGUGGCAGCAAACCACGCCACCAUGCCGCUGCCCUCGCUCGCUGGAACUACGCAUUACCGUAUGAACAUAUUUUCGGUGGCGUUGUGAGUUUCAAGACAGAUUUGUUCAAGAAGAUCAACGGCUACUCUAACAUGUACUUCGGUUGGGGAGGCGAGGACGACGACCUUUAUAAUAGAGUGAAACACCACAAUAUGGACAUCGAACGGUAUCCGAUGAAAAUCUCAGGAUACGGGGAUUUAAAACAUCGGAAGAGUGAAGCGCAAAAUGCAAGGUAUUCCUAUCUGAAGACGUGGAAGGCGAGGGUGGAGGUGGAUGGUCUCAACAGUCUCAAGUACCACCGAUACCUGGUAGAGUUCCGCAGGUUGUACACGUGGAUCUAUGUUGGGAUUAAAGAACCCGAGGUCCUAGGUUCAUAUUUAAAAAAAUAA